AUGAGUUGUUUUUCUUGUCGUGCGUUUAGCACCUCAAAUCAGGUAAAUAAGUCUGCAUGUUCUUUGAUUAAACCAGUCCAUCAUCUGGUUAAGAUUGACAAAUCUAAGUUGUCGCCAAGGUUCCCUGAGUUAAAAUAUGCUAAAAAUGAUAUCAGAUCUCCUGGGUUUAAACCUGUAGCAACGCAUCAAGAUCGUAUCCGGGACCAUUAUUUUAAUACAUUACAAAGUGAUCUGCUAUUGAUCAAUUAUUCACAUGACAUGAAGACCAAAGUUGGUGUAAAGCAAAGAGAAUGGGAUGGCUCUUCCCCAUACCAUAUUAAUAGAGGACCCAAGAAGCCGAAGGGCUCAGUAUCUCAACUACCAGAUAUAAAACCCAUUAAGUGGGAUAAUAUCCCCGAUAUUAAAUCGGUGGUGCUCAAUUGUUAUGUUUCAGCCGCGAAAGACAACCAGUUGUUGCCCAUAACCGCAGCGUUGCAACUUCAACAAAUUACUGGUUGCAAGCCUAAGCCUUUGUAUGCAAAGGUUGAUGUUCCUGCUUGGAAGGUCAGAAAGGGUACGCAUAUGGGCGCAAUGGUAGAGUUAAAAGGGCGUCCUAUGUCACAAUUUCUAUCGACAUUGACAGAGAUCGUACUACCAAGAAUUAGAGAAUACGCUGGUAUUUCGAACCGAUCGGGGAAUCGGUUCGGUGACAUUUCAUUUGGAUUGAGCAGUAGUGAUGUAAGAUAUUUUCCAGAGCUUGAUUCCAAUCAGGAUUUAUGGCCUGUCACUUUUGGUAUGAAUAUUAACAUCAACACCACUGCCCAAACUGACGUUCAAUCCAGGACCCUAAUCAGCGGGUUAGGCUUCCCCUUUCAUGGUACAGAAAGGGAAGCUCAAAAGAUAAAAAAAUAA